GCCACAGCUUAUGAGAGUCGCCGUUAAAAGGACGACCGCAAGCAGAAGCCGGUUAAGUUGACGGCUUUGUCUUGCUUCAUAAGUCAUCAAGUUUGAUACGAAUGACUGGAUAUUUAAUAUCAAGAAUAUAUUUGAUAUAUAUUGGAUAUCUUGAGUAUUUACUUGCUCGAAUGAUAGCUCAUCAUCAUUUUCUUCAUUGAUGUUUGGUUGGUGCAAAAAUGCUUUGAGAAGAAAAUAAACUUCAGUGAGAAAUUAAUUGGAGUAAAAUUAAUUUAUUAAUUCCGAUCAUCAUGGAUCUCCUGUGCUGGUUCCGGAUGGUGGAAGCGCAGAAAGACGACCGCCGAGAAAUUGAAAGAAUUGUCUCCUGCUCUGGAUAUUUCUCGGCGUGAAAAAAAAAGUCUAGAUCCCAUCCAGGACGCAAUGGGAGUUAUCGGACCGUGGCAAAUAAUUAUAACUAUAGCGAUUUCGUUAACAAAUUUUCCCGCUGCGUGGAAUCAACUCGCGAUAGCUGUGAUCGCGCCUGGACAAAAUUUCACGUGCAUGUCGCCAGCGCCAAUCGAUCCCAAUGAUUCGAUGAUCAAAGCAUGUUUUGUAAAAGUAAAUCAUAGUCUGCCGGAAGUAGAAUGCACUGAAUUUACUUAUGAUCAAAGUGUUUUCAAAUCUACUAUCAUAAGUGAGUGGGAUUUAGUGUGCGAACGUCAAUAUUUAUUGAGUUUCGCUCAGCCUUUGACCCAACUGGGAAUUCUCAUUGGUAAUAUGGCAUUUGGUAUAAUUGCCGACAAGGUCGGGCGGAAAACUCCAUUGAUGAUUGCAGUGAUAAUUCAAGCUGUGACAGGAAUCAUCACUGCAUUUAUGCCACUCUAUGAAUUAUUUUUGUUAUUUAAAUUCAUUUCCGCCAUUGCCACUGGUGGAACUAUGCUAAUUAGCUUUGUCAUUGUUGUGGAAAUUGUUGGAGUCGAAACGCGUUCAAAAAUUUUGACACUUUUCCACAUACCGUUUUUACUAGGAUUUUUGAGCGUUCCAUUAUUUUCUUAUUUAACAAGAACAUGGGAUGGUUAUUGGUUGACAAUAUCUAUUCCGGCGUUUACGUUAUUGUCGUUUUACUGGCUGAUACCCGAAUCUCCACGCUGGCUAUUAGCUGUUGGGAAAGUUGAACGGGCACGGGAAGUUUUGGUAAAAGCGGCUAAAAGGAACAAAAUAUCUGAAGAUAAAGUCACUGCGGCAAUUGUAGCUCAUGAAAAUUUAUCAACAAAAGACACCAACACCUUCAAUGAUAACGGUAGUGAACAUAAAACCUACAAUGUAAUUGAUUUAGUGCGAACGCCAAACAUGAGGAUAAAAACUCUGUGUAUUGUUUUCAAUUGGUUCAAAUGUGGGAUGGUCUUCUUUGGUAUCGAACACUAUCUCGGUCACUUGAGUGAAAAUGUGUUAAGUGAUCUCGCUAUUUCAGCUGCAUUCCAAUUCCCAGGGCUACUACUCAUUUAUAUUUUGAUAUCACGCGUGUCACGUUUGAAAAUUUUAAUAGGCGCAAAUAUUUUGUCGGGAAUAAGUUUACUGUUGAUUGCUGCAUUUUAUGAUAAUUAUACUGUCAAACUCAUACUAGUCACAAUCGUUAUUACUUGCAUGACUUUGAGUUUUCCUACAAUUUAUCUGUAUACCGGAGAACUGUUUCCGACCGUCAUAAGAAAUAUCGGAUUUGGAGUUUGCAGUGUCGCUUCGAAAUUAGGCAGCAUAGUUGCACCAUUUUUAGUUGACAAUAUUGAUGAUUUAGCUUUUUGGAUAGUACCAGUCGUUUUCGGUCUUGGCCCUAUUAUCGGUGCCAUUCUCUGCUACUGGUUACCAGAAACAAUGGACUGUCGAUUACCCGAGACUAUUGAAGACGGUGAAAAUUUCAAAAAAAAAAAUAAGGAAACUCCUAAAUAAUAAUUUAUUAUUUUCACGGAGUCAUGGAUCUGUUCAUUUUUUAUCUCACUAUUUUGUACAACUAAAUGUUAAAUAAUUACAUUUAUUUAGGAUAUUUAUUAUUAAU